AUGACUGACUCACCGGUGACUGUCGAGGCACCAAUCAACAUUGCCUUCAUCAAGUACUGGGGAAAGCGAGAAGGCGGUGAGAAGCUGAUCCUCCCCACGAACGACUCCUUCAGCAUCACUCUUUCUACCAAGCCGUUCCGCAGCAAGACCUCAGUGGUGCUCCGCGACGAUAUCGAAGAUGACGUGCUUAUACUAAAUGGUGUAAAAACGGAUGUGCGAAACACGCCUCGAGUUCAAUCGGUAUUGAACUAUGUGCGGAGCACGUGCCCAGAGGGCUUGAAAAACAAGCGAGCGUACAUUGUUUCAGAGAAUAACUUUCCCACAGCUGCUGGUAUGGCAUCUUCCGCUAGCGGCUACUGCGCUCUCGCAGCGGCGCUGGUGCGGGCAUUUAAUUCGACAGCGAAUGUCUCGAUGCUUGCUCGUCUGGGUUCUGGAAGCGCCUGUCGCAGUGCCUUUGGUGGCUUUGUGGUUUGGCACAAGGGAGAAAAAACGGAUGGAAGUGAUUGUGUUGCGACUCAGUUUGUUGACGAGAACUAUUGGCCCGAAAUGCAGGUUAUGUGCGCCGUUCUACAAGGUGAUAAAAAAGACACCUCGAGUACGGCAGGCAUGCAGCAGUCUCUACAAACUUCUUCUAUGAUGCCGAGGCGUAUCUCUACAAUUGUACCAGAACGUAUGAAGGCUGUUUCUGAGGCUAUUAAAGCCAAGGAUUUCGCCGCUUUUGCGGAGAUAACCAUGAGUGACUCUGAUGAUCUACAAGAAAUCUGUGCGACGACAGAGCCACGGAUACAGUAUGCCACUGAGGACAGCUACGCCAUGAUUCGCCUUGUAAAGGCCUAUAACGCAAAGAAGGGCCGCACUGCAUUGGCGUACACGUUUGACGCGGGUGCAAACUGUUUUCUGUUCGUUCUCAAAAAGGAUCUUCCGGAUGUUGUUGCAAUGUUAAUGCAUCACUUUCCAACACCGCAUGAACGCUUCUGUUUCAAUGACUCAGAGCUACUGGAAGCGGUGAGGAAAGCGGAGACUGACAAUGCGCAAAACGACCUUAUUGAUUAUCAGAAGAAGCCGUUUGUGAUGCUGCUGCAGUCCCCUGUCGGGCACGGCGUGCGGUAUCUCCCAGCGGCCGAAUCUCUCAUCCCACCCAAUGCUUGA